AUGGGAAGACCUCUGCUUUAUGACGUCAUCGAGAAACCAGCAACGAGCUGCAUCAUAACCAUAUGCAGUUUAAUCUGGUUCUUGAUCCAGAAGAAGAGUAUUGGUUACUCACAAGUUGGGUUAAGCUACGAGACAGCGGUUCAAGGACAUUACUGGAGAAUCAUUACAUCUGCUUUCUCUCACAUAAGUGUUUUGCAUCUUGUCUUUAACAUGAGUGCUUUAUGGAGUCUUGGUGUUGUUGAACAGUUAGGUGGUUUAGGUCUUGGAACUGGUUACUAUCUUCAUUACAGUCUUGUUUUAGUUUUGGUCUCUGGUGGUUUGGUUAUUGGGAUGUAUCAUUUACUGAUUGGUGGGUUUAAAGUUGAGUAUUUCAGGAGAGUUACAGCUGUGGGUUACUCUUGUGUUGUGUUUGGUUGGAUGACGAUUUUGUCUGUGAAGCAGCCUUCUUCGAAGCUUGAUCUCUUUGGGGUUUUGUCUCUUCCUAUUAGCUUUGCGCCGUUUGAGUCGCUGAUUUUUACUUCUAUUAUUGUCCCGCAAGCUAGCUUCUUGGGGCAUUUGUCGGGGAUUUUGGUGGGGUAUGCUGUUUCUUGGGGUUUGAUUGGUGGGAUGAAUGAUUACUGGGCUGUUACGAUGCUUGGUUGGGUUGUUGUGGUUUUUGUGUUCAGUUUGAAGAAGUCUGGUGCUUAUGAUUUCAGUUUUCUGGAGAUUGAGUCGGUUAGUGAUGCUUCUUUGCCUUCGUUGCGGUUUGUUGGAAAUGGACGGACAUUGCAAGCUAGUGCAGUUUCUUUUAGUGGAGUGGAAGUUGUAUGA